AUGGCCUCCAAUACCACCGACAUCGUCCGCCAGGGAUACGUGAGGAUGAAGAGCCGGAAACUGGGGAUAUACCGCCGCUGUUGGUUGGUGUUAAGGAAAUCUUCCAGUAAGGGGCCUUGGAGGUUGGAGAAGUAUCCAGACGAGCGGUCGGUUGUCUUGCGUACAUCACCGAAGGUGACGGAAAUCAGUAAUGUGAAGUGUAUUAUGCGGCUCCCAAAGGAGACUAAGAGGCAAGCAGUGGCCAUUAUAUUCUGCGAUGACUUAGCCCGAACCUUUACCUGCGACUCAGAACUGGAGGCAGAGGAGUGGUACAAGGUGCUGUCCACAGAAUGUCUGGGUUCCAGAGUCAAUGAGUAUAACCUGGGAGAACCGGAUCUCCUCACCCCGGGAGUGCAGAGUGAACAGACAGAGCGUUUCAGUGUCUUCCUUCUGCCUUCCUCUAAUCUGGACAUAUACGGAGAAUGCAAGCUGCAAAUCACAGAAGAAAACCUCUACCUCUGGGACGCACACAACCCGCGUACUAAGCUGCUCUCAUGGCCGCUCUGUGCCCUGCGACGAUAUGGCAACGACUCCACGCGCUUCACUUUUGAGGCAGAAAGGGUGUGCGGGAUCAGCGAGGGGCUGUACACCUUCCAGACAACAGAGGGGCAGCAGAUCUACGAGCGGGUUCACAGCGCUGUGCUGGCAUUGGCCGAGCAACAUAAGAGCCUCCUCUUAGAGAUGGAGAAGAACUCCCGGCGACUCAACAAGGAGAACGAGAACGUAUCACAGCCUUGCACCAGCACCUCCAUGCUGCCUCGCAGUGCGUACUGGCAUCACAUUACUAGUGGCCAAAACAGUGGCGAGUCUUCCUGCAGUAACAGUAAGUUCUGGAAUCUGUGCUGGACAUAUCUGUAG